CUGAUCACUGUAACUACAGGCAGCUGUCCAGCACCUGAUCUUCGCGAGAGUAACAAGCAGCAUGUAUCGCUGGAAAGGCAGGGUUGCUCUUGUCACUGGAGCUUCGGUGGGAAUCGGAGCCGCGAUCGCGAAGUCUCUUGUCCAGCAUGGCAUGAAGGUGGUCGGCUGUGCCAGAAAUGUGGAGAAUAUAGAGAAACUGGCAGCAGAAUGUGUCAGUAGUGGAUUCAGUGGCACUCUGGUCCCAUAUAAAUGUGAUCUGUCUGUAGAAGACGACAUGUUAUCCAUGUUCUCCUGGAUCAAAGUUCAACAUCAGGGUGUUGACGUGUGCAUUAAUAAUGCAGGUUUGGCUCUCCCAGAGCCUCUGUUGAGCGGCAAAACCAGUGGCUGGAGGACUAUGAUGGAUGUGAAUGUCAUUGGCCUGUCAGUGUGCACCCGUGAGGCUUACCAGUCCAUGAAAGAACGAAAUAUUGAUGAUGGCCAUAUCAUUAAUAUUAACAGCAUGAGUGGACACCGGGUCGUCAACAAUGCCGAUAUACACUUCUACACUGCCAGCAAAUAUGCAGUGACGGCUCUCACAGAAGGUUUGAGACAAGAGUUACGAGAGGCCAAGACCCACAUACGUGCCACAUGUAUUUCUCCUGGUUUAGUGGAGACUGAAUUUGCCUACCGACUCUUAAGUGAAAACCCAGAAAAAGCUGCUGCUACUUAUAAAAGUAUAAAGUGCCUACAAGCAGCUGACAUCGCAAACGCAGUGGUGUAUGUGCUGAGUGCUCCUCCUCAUGUUCAGAUUGGUGACAUUCAGAUGAGGCCUGUGGAGCAGCUGACAUAAACUGGAGGAAGCAUCAGUGACAUCCUUAUCCUCUCAAUAGCCCACAAAUGGCUUAAAAUAUGAAAUGUAGUGCUCACAAAAGCCACAACAAUGUCCCAUAAACUAUCUCUCCAAUCCAAAUCUUUGAAAACUCCGAAAGUUGCUCUGUCGGAUCAUGAAGUUAAAUUUUUUUGUAAUAAUUGAUAUGACUAUUAUUGUAUUAAAAAGACCAAAUUAAUAUCAGAGAAAUUAUUUAAGAAGCACAGAGUAAUUUGCAUCAAGUACAGAUGCAGAAUUUAUUUAGCUUAACAUCAUAAUGAUUGGCUUCUUGAAUGAACAUUUACAGAUCUGA